UACUUCCGGGUUUCAGCAGUCUGGUCCAGAUCCUCCGCGCUCCUCCUCGAGCUCGAGACGCACACAACAUCCCCAUUGUGCGCAAAACGGCCGAGGCGGCUCACGCAUGCACACGCACCCUGCGCACACUCUCCACCGGACGCGUUCGCGCACCCGCGCGCGCAGCAUCGAUCGUGGCUCCUUUAAGAGAGCCCAAGCCAGAAUUAUCACCCCACCUCCUCUUGAUCUUCCUCUAGACGCUUUUGCAUAAGAAAAUCAAGCCGGGAGCCGAGAGUGAUCAAAGAAAACGAGAGGAGAGCUGCUUCGUUUUUGAACGGUGAUUGUGAACCAUUAAGCGUUGAGGUGGUGCCGAUCCCGUGGAGACGCGCGUCGGAUCCAUCAUUCAUCCGCUACUUUUGACAAGCCCCCCUCGCGUUGUGACUGACAAGUCGGAGUGGCAGAGAGAGAGAGAGAGAGAAGGGGAGAGAAGAAGAAAAAAGAAGAAAAAAAAAGCCAUGAGAGUGGACAGUUUUGUUUAAAGGGGGUUUGUUUUAUUUUCACCCCGCUUUUCGGGGGAAAAAAGGAACCCCGGCGCCGCUGCCGAGAGGACAGCCGAGGACGUGUAUCCGCCGCGCCCGGGCUGAACUUGCACUGAGAGCGAAGCGGGAGCUGGCUUCACCGCUCCGUGGACGAAGAAGAAGAAGCAGCAAAGAAGAGUGAAAGACGAACUCGGGAUUUUGUGCUGAGAGUUCUCCUCGUUUGUUUUGGAUUUUCCUUCUGUCUUCUCUCUUUUUUUUUCCUUUUUUUUUUUUUUUUUUUUUUUACCCCCGCGUCCACCCUGGCCUCAGAGGGGAUUUACCCGAACUGAAAGGACGACCAGGGAGUGAGGAGGGUUAUGGCGCAACGGUACGAAGACUUGCCCCACUACGGGAUGGACGGGGUGGGCAUCCCGACCACCAUGUACGGAGACCCGCACGGCGCCCGCUCCAUGCAGGCGGUGCACCUCAACCACGGACCCCAGCUGCACUCACACCAGUACCCGCACACCGCGCACACCAACUCCAUGCCUCCCAGCAUGGGCUCCUCCGUCAACGACGCUCUCAAGAGAGAUAAAGACGCCAUUUACGGGCACCCCCUGUUCCCCUUGCUUGCACUGAUUUUUGAGAAAUGUGAAUUAGCGACUUGCACCCCCAGAGAGCCCGGGGUGGCGGGAGGAGACGUCUGUUCGUCGGAAUCUUUCAAUGAAGACAUAGCGGUGUUUGCAAAGCAGAUUCGGGCAGAAAAGCCUCUGUUUUCAUCAAAUCCAGAGUUGGAUAAUCUGAUGAUUCAAGCCAUUCAAGUUUUACGAUUUCAUCUUCUGGAGCUGGAGAAGGUACACGAGCUGUGUGAUAAUUUCUGUCACCGGUACAUCAGCUGCUUGAAAGGCAAGAUGCCCAUCGACUUGGUCAUAGACGACAGAGAGGGGGGGUCCAAAUCAGACAACGAGGAAAUCACAAGAUCGGUGGCGUUGGACCAGACAUCCUGGAACAGAGACCACGACGACACGGCGUCCACGCGCUCCGGAGGCACGCCGGGACCGUCCAGCGGCGGACACACGUCUCACAGCGGAGAUAACAGCAGCGAACAGGGUAAGAGUUCAACCGCUUGAAAAAUGAACGAAAAG